GCGACGUCAGCCACUCCCGAGUCUUUCUCUGUCAAAGUUUCCAAGUUCUUCCAUCGCUAAGAAAUGGCCUCUCGCCUGUUUGAGGACGAAGAUCACGUUGCUUUCUAUAAGAAAUACAGGUUCUCGCUUCAGGAGAAUUUGCAAGCGGUCGUCCUCGCAUUCCUAAAGAAAAAGGUGAAAUGCUUCCAGCUGGGAGUGGAUGUGGGAUGUGGCUCAGGUCAAAAUACUAUCCUCCUGGCCAAACAUUUUGAAAAGGUGGUUGGAACAGAUGUCAGUGAAGCUCAGAUUGAGGAAGCUAAACGAGCAGAACAUCCUCUCAAUGUCUCAUAUCUUGCAAGUCCUGCAGAGACGCUCCCGUUUGAGGAUAACUCUGUGGAUCUCAUCACAGCCUUUAGCGCUGUGCACUGGUUUGAUAUCCCCAACUUCAUGAAGGAAAUGGACCGGAUUCUGAAACCAUCUGGCUGCUUUAUCUUGUGUUCCAACACCCUUGAUAUGCAGUGGCAUUAUGGAGAUAAGUCAGAGAAGCUGACGGAGAUCUUCAAGGAGAUUCAAGCCCAGCUUCUUCCUUAUACACAUGAAAGGGUCAAGUUCGUUGCAGAUGACUACAAAGCAAUAUUUGAUGCUGUGCCCUUCCAGGAUAAGGAAAGAAUCACAGAUAUUGUCGAUAAAAUUCCCAAAACUGUCACUGAAUUAAUGGGAUAUCUCCAGACCUUUUCUAUGUACCACAGCUUCCUAAAAGCCGAGCCUGAGGCAGCCAAAGCUCUCAUUCAGAAUGCUGAACAAAGGAUUCUGGAGACAAUGGGAGUUUCUUCACCUGAAACCGUGCUGGAGGUUUGGGCUCGACAAGUUUGCAUUCUGGGUAGCAAGAGCUGUUAAAAAGUAAUUUUGGCCUGCUUGGGGGUGUCCCAGCAGAAAAAAACCCAACCCAUUUCGGUGCCAAGCUUCAGUUCUAUGAUUACUACUGAUUAUUUCCAAUAAAAGCAAUGCCCUAUUUUAUUUCUGAGAGGAGUGGAAGGCAAAGGUAAAAUUACAUAACCAUUAAAAAAGAAUGAAAGAGCAAAAGGGUGAAGUGAAAGGGACACUGGACUUUAAAUAGCUAUUCAAAUUUUUACCCAUAACAAUCAUUGGGUAACCUUGAGCUAACUAUUGACUAGGUUUAAAUUACUAAUUAAAGCAGACUUUGUGAUGGAUUCAGAGACCAGCCAGAACAGGUCUCAUCCAAAAUAUCCGUCUGUCUUUGCAGAGUUUAUUCUUUUUAUACAGUUUUUACAAGCAAAGCAAAGAGCAUAUAGCAACAGCAUUGUAAUUGGCAUAUUCUCCUUGUCAAGCCAGGGGAAAGGUUUCACAUAUCUAGAGGGUUCCCGGUACUGCCUGGUGCUGUUAAUUAGGUGAGCUCAUAGGUUAAGAGGUAAACAGCUACUGAGAUCAUGGCAGCUUGCUGCGCAUGUCUUUACGUAACCUUUCCUCUAUCCUUACAACUUUGCUAGUGCAUUGCUGUAUGAAUCUAGUUAUCAUGGAUUAUGAUUUAUGAAUCUAGUUAAUUGUGAUUCCCAAGGAAUGGUUUAAUGUGAUGUCAAAUUAGCUCAAUUUAUUAAAUUAUCCAAAAACCA